CAGCUCCAUGGUGAUGCGCCGCGCCUGUUGUGUCUGUCGGACGUCCAAGCGAAGUAAAGUCAACCCGGGGAGGGUCGCUCGCCUGUCGGAGUAGGAGGAGGCUCGGGGGUGGGGUUGGUGGUGGUCUCGGCUCCUUUUUUUUUUUUUUUGGCGGAGUUUACAAUGCGCCUUUCACACGCACCGCGCCGCUAAAGAUGAGACAAGUUGGCCGGACGUCUCGACGCUCCGCGAGCCCCUCUUGAUUCCCCUGCGCGAGCGAGUCUCGGUGAGACGGCGGCGGCGGCGGCGACGACGACGACGACGACGACGACGGUCGGGCGGUCCCGGUAGCCGUGGCGGGCAUGACGAAGCCGAGCGCCCCGCUCGCCGGGAAACGGUAGCGGAGCGCGGGCACCGCGACUGCACAGGAACAUGGUGGAGAGGAGCAGCAAAUUCUUGUUGAUCGUGGUCGGAUCCGUGUGUUUUAUGCUGAUUCUCUAUCAGUACGUGGCGCCCGGGGUCAUCAAUUUGGGCUCGCCGCACGGCUACUUCGCCGAGGAGGACGACGGGGACAUCUUCCCCACGCCGGACCCGCACUACGUCAAGAAGUACUUCUUCCCGGUGCGGGAGCUGGAGCGGACCGUCGACUUCCAGAUCAAGGGGGAGGACGUGAUCGUGUUCCUGCACAUCCAGAAGACCGGCGGGACGACGUUCGGCCGCCACCUGGUGCAGAAUGUCCGCCUGGAGGUGCCGUGCGACUGCCGGCCGGGCCAGAAGAAGUGUACCUGCUACCGGCCCAACCGCAAGGAGACCUGGCUCUUCUCGCGCUUCUCCACCGGCUGGAGCUGCGGCUUGCACGCCGACUGGACCGAGCUCACCAACUGCGUGCCCGGCGUGCUCAACAAGAAGGAGAGCAAGCAAAAAAAUCCAAGGGAUGCCCCCGUGUGGGUGGUUGAACCGAUAACGAGACGCAGUAGGACGGAAACCGACGGCGACCCGGCGCGUGGGAGCAGGAAGUUCUAUUACAUCACGCUUCUGCGGGACCCGGUCUCCCGUUACCUGAGCGAGUGGCGCCACGUGCAGCGCGGGGCCACGUGGAAGACCUCGCUGCACAUGUGCGACGGGCGUACGCCCACGCCCGAAGAGCUGCCCUCCUGCUACGAGGGCUCCGACUGGUCCGGCUGCACCCUGCAGCAGUUCAUGGACUGUCCCUACAACCUGGCCAACAACAGACAGGUCCGCAUGCUAGCCGACCUGAGUCUGGUGGGCUGCUACAACAUGUCCACGGUGCCCGAGAAGAAGCGGGCCCAGCUCCUCCUGGAGUCGGCCAAGAAGAACCUACGAGACAUGGCCUUCUUCGGCCUGACGGAGUACCAGAGGAAAACCCAGUUCCUCUUCGAACGGAGUUUCAGGCUCCGCUUCAUCCGGCCCUUCAUGCAGUACAACAGCACCCGAGCCGCCGGGGUGGAUCUGGACAACGCCACGGUGCAGCGUAUUGAGGAGCUAAACGAGCUGGACAUGGAGCUGUACGACUACGCCCGCGACCUCUUCCAGCAGCGCUACCAGUACACCAGGCAGCAGGAGCGCCGGCUGCAGCGCAUCAAGAACCACAUGCAGCAGGGCCACCUGGGUCCGGGCCUGAGCCUGUGGCCCUCGGCCCGCCGCCCCCCGGGUCCUGACCGAGGCGAGGAGCGGGACGACGACGGCGACGAGGAAGAGGGCGGCCGGACGGAGGAAGGGGCGGUGGGGGGCGGUCGGCUCCCCACCGAGGACUAUAUGAGCCAGAUUAUCAAUCGCUGGUAGCGACCGACGCGCCGCUGCUUUUGCAUUUCAAGUGACCGUCGUUAAAAAAAAAAAAAAAAAAAAAAAAAAAAAAAGUAAAAAAAAGGUUGCGCCGUAACUAUGACAACCAGGGGCCGGCUGGCUCAGGGUUCGCCCUUUCAGUAGCGCUCGCCCAUCAUCUCCCGCUGAGUUCUUCUGUACCUCCAGCCGUCAUUAGCGACUGAUGUUUUUAAAGACGCUGACAUGCAUUUUUCUCUUCCUCAAACGUGUGAAUUUGUGGAUUCGGCGGCGAUGGAUACGGUUAUUUCCUGGACGGUGUGCUCCAAAGCCCCCUUUGCUCACUUUUCAGACCAUGUUAGCUCAUCGUGUCGUCUGCGUGGGUUGAUGCUUUUUUUUUUUUUUUAUUUAAAAAAAGCAGAAUUGUAGUAACACUGAGAACAACAUGGAUGCCCGAAGAUUUCUUCUUCACCACGUAAAGCUGUUUGAGCAUUUUUUUUGAGUAUCCCUACACUAGUACACGCUCUAUCCUCACUAGUAAAACAAUUCGGCACACUACAAGAAAUGGUCAGAUUUAUUGAAAACUAUUUUUUUUUUUCAUUUAUUGGCUAUACUUUACCACUAUUAAUGCGACUUUUGCUCUUAGUAUGCAAACAGUGCAGCCCCAUCGAAUACUACUUAGCCCAGUUGAAGGCACUAGUGUGAAAAAUGAUACUAUUAAGGCAUUCUACUAGUGAAGCAUAUCAAAUAAAUGCUCAAACGGCUUUCCAUAUGUACUUUUUUUGUUGUUUUUGUUGCUUCAGCUCAGUUUUAGUUGGCGUCCGAGCGUCGUGGCCCGCUGGCGCGAAGCCUCGCCUCACUCCGACGUCGAGGCCGCUCGCUCCCCGUUUCACCUGCAAGACGUCUGACGGCCAAUUAGCACGGCUCGCGCCGGUCGGUCUGGGGCGAGCUAUCAAAGUCACGGCAAAGGCCUUAAACGCCGCACGUGAGGGUGGGAAGAGGCGCUCGCCGUGGCCCUUCAUUUAGUGAGGGGGGCUCCCCCAGGACCAAAAGUGUGGUCCAUCAAACAGCUUUGAUACGGGGAACCUGCGGUGUGUGGGCCACAUGCGGACCCCCGCAGAGGGCAUUAAGUCCCAAUCUGAUGUCGUCUGCUCAUCAUCAAAUCUUACACUAACUCAGUGAUUCCUAACCUACUGUGCAUGUUGGAUUUGGGGUACACCACAAAAUGAUAUUUUUAAAGUAUAUACAGUGACAUAUUCACAAUCCUACAUAACAUUUUGUUUUGGGUGGGGGCAACCUAUCCGCAAAAAAAAAAAAAAAAAAAAGUUUAUCUAUAGAUGCCACAUGUCUAAAAGAUGAUUUGGAGCAUCUUAAGGCCGAGGAUCUAUGAUGGAUUGGAUGACAUUGCGUUAGGCUAAUACCUGCAAAAAUGCUAAAUUUUACCUACCUUCAUGAAAGCCUCUCACUGUACUUAUUUUAAGACAAAAAGGACAAAAAUAUAAGAUCCUUCUGUAAGAACCAAGUCGAAUAUGAGUUCCAUUGGGAGAUUAUUUUUUUUCCCCACUCCAUCUUAGUUUUUACAUUUUUUUUUUCUUUACAGUGAUGCUUCAAAAGGAAAUUCAAAACCUUGAAAGGAGUUGGGGUGUCAAUUACAGUUUCACUAUUUACAGCAUUGACAACCACAAAAAAAAAAAAUAUCAUUGCCAAUAUUAAUAAUUCAAAUAGUAACGAUACCACCAACUAUUAGCCAAAAACAUUACGAUCAUUUUCAGACUCAUCUGGUAACAUUGCCCUUAAAAUUAAGUAUCAGUGAUUUUUUUUUAAUUUUAAAAAAAAGAUGCACCAGCAAAACACAUGCACGCGCACCAAGGACUCCACGUAACAUGUAACGACCCAGGUUAAACUUAGCUCCUCCCUCCUCCUGCCAAUCGAGUGAAAUUGGCUCAUUCGCGACGGCGCGGUGCUUGGGAAUCACUGUGCUAGCUUCCCCGGCGGUGCUUUGCGUUAUCCAAUUGCCAGCUGACAUUCUGAAGUUCGAGUCAUUUUUCUUAACUCGUCAUGCCGUGAUUGUUGUGUGUGUCUGUGUGCGUGCGCCUGUGUGUAAAUACUAUGUACAGUACGCCUCCUACUGGUGUAUGUGUAUGCCUUUGUAAAUAGUGUGCUUGAGUGAAUGCGAAGACUUUCAUGACUAAUAUUUGUGUUGUUUAAUCAACCUUGCUGCCAUAGCGACCAAUAACCCGCCCCUCCCCUGCCAUCAGGUGAUUGUACUGGUAUAUUCUUUAUUUAUAUCUUCAUUUAGGUAAUCUCCCCCCCGCCCCAGUUAUUGCUCACUGAGAAUAUGACGGGGUUGGGUUCUGAUGGCAUUUUUGAAGAAUUACUGUAUUUGAGGAAACAUUUUCGCACAUUUUUUUUGUUUUUUCUAAACAUGGUGUUCUGGUGCUGGAAGCAAACGCAGCCUUAUCAAAAUUAGAAUGCCAUCCUUUGUUAUUUUAGUUGUUAAAAAAAAAAAUACUGGAUGAACUAAGGGGAAAGGACAUUUUAUUACUUUUUUUUUUUUUUUUUUUUAAAUCACCUCAUAGCUAUCGAAUCCACAUUUGGAGAAAUUAGCUAGUCAGUCAAAUGUUGGUGACCAAGUGCCAUAUUUGGUUAAAUUGGAAUGGUGCAAAAAAAAAAAAAAGUUUGAAUUUAAUGGAAAUGAAUUUAUAUGUUCUUGUAUCUUUUUAUUUCAUCAUUUCAAGAUUUAUUUUUCUCAGUUGUUUGAGAAACUUGGAAACUUGUAAAGCGUUGGACAAAUACUUUGUACCAUACCAACUGUAACCAAAAGAGGCGUAAAAGUUAAAAAUGUUGAGGAUCGGUGAUGUAAUCAUUUGCAUCUGCAUGACUGAAACCUAAUGAGAAGAUUUGUGUUGCGUCGGUUACAAGCCGUUAAAACCCAACCCCGGUGUCGGUGGCGACAACCAAUAAGAGGGCGAGAAGGAAAAAUCGAAUGUACGAUUGAUGAGCGGUCGCGUCACUGAACGAAGGAGCACGCUUUCAAUCAAAAAGGAAACAUCCAGAGUGGAUUGCCUGUUUUUUUUUUUGUUUUUUUUUUAAUUGUUUUCACAUUUGGGUCCCAUGAGAUAUUUUGUUUUUUUUAUUAUUAUUUGUGCUAAAUAUACAGUGGUGCCUUUAGAUAAAUCACAUUUCUCUAUUGAAAGGAAUAGACGUGCUUUUAAUCUGUUCCAGUCUCUCCCCCCCCCAAAAAAAAAAAUGUUUUUUUUAAAACCACAAUAGUAAUGUUGUACUGCGUGCAAACAUGAAUGAAUAUGAUUCAAUACAAUGUAAACAAGGAAAUAUUUUGUGCAUCAGAAUUGAUUGCAGCCCCUUCCGGUGUGCCGACUAGGCCACCGGUCAUGCGGACACAAACGGAGAAGGCUUUCAAAACUACUGCAGUAAAAUUAGUUUUUGGCAGAUGACAAAAUAUAUACCUGUGAGUAUUUUUGUUUUGUCUGGCUACAUUUGAUGUUACACCGUUUGUUUUCCAAAUAUUUGUAAUUUAAAGGGGUUAUAAAAUAAACCUAAAGGUUUGUAAACUUCAACUGCUAAUGACAGAAGUCUUGAAUCCUGCUUUUUGAAGAAUUAUUUUCUAUCUGCUUGUUGUGAAGUGAAUUGAGUUCACUGGCACCAUAAAGCGCUUGUGUCUCAAGAACAAUUUUAUUUAUUUUUUACAUAUCCUUGGAACAACGACUCGCAAGCUCAAGGCACCACUGUACUACUCACUUUCCAAAACGUCCAAUUAAUUUCACUGAAAUGAUUUCCCAAUGAUGUCUUAACAAAACAACCCAAAUGUCUCAAUCCUGUUUUGUUUUUUUUUGUAAUUAUUGUUUUUUUAAUUGUUUAUUUUGACGUUUUUUAAGUGCAGGAUUGAGACUUUGUUGAAAUCAGGAGUCUGUCUCAGGCUCCUUUUCUGUAUGCGUAGUCUUCAUCAUCAUUCUGGCUCUGAUUCUUACGAUUGCAACAGUGAAUCAUCAAGCCAUCAAUUAAAAAAAAAAAAAAAAAAAAA